CGCAAAAACAUAAGGAAAGGAAAAAUGGCGGAUGGUGUUGUUGUAAUAAUGUUUCUUAAAAGAUAGUAAAAUGUCAUUUACAAACGAAUUGUGCGUCCUUGGAGUGGACUAAUUUUCUUGACAAUAAAACGAACAUUGUAAUCACCAUGGGAUUAAAAUUAAGCACAAACAAUUCGCCGAGACUGAGGACUUACUCUGGCAGCAGCCCAAGUGGCACAAAUGGUGGAAAUACAGGAAUCGCAGUCCGGGCAGGUGGCUCGGGUGCUCGGGCACGUGCAAGAAGUUUUGGUAGUUUCCAAACUUCGGGACAUUCUUCAUCUUUGAGUAUUCCUGCUAACGUAGUUAGCCACAGGGGGAAUUCUCCUGAUUCUGACUCAAGUUCCCCAGAAGAUGGGUCUGCCUUUGGAAGAACAUUUACACAUUCUCUCCCAGUUCAUCUCUUUGCUUUACAAGGCAUCAAAUGUCCUGUUUGUUCCAAAUUUAUAUCAGCUGAAGAUAUUGAAUGUCACCUGGUAAUGUGUUUAACGAAGCCUAGAAUAAGUUACAAUGAGGAUGUUUUAUCAGAAGAUAAAGGUGAAUGUGUAAUAUGUUUUGAAGAUUUAGUACAAGGUGAUACAAUUGCUAGAUUACCUUGUCUAUGUAUAUACCACAAGGGAUGCAUUGAUAAAUGGUUUGAAGUUAAUAGGUCAUGUCCAGAGCACCCCUCGGAUUAAGAAAUCAACUCUCUGAAUCUGUUACAUAGAAGAUUCCAAUAUUAUGGAAAAGGGGGUAUAUAAGAGACUAUUUAAGAUAUUGUGAUAUGUUGAAUGUGGAUUAUUUUGUGAUUUUAUGUUUUAAUUUUUUUUUAAAAUUGAAAACUACUUUUCAUAAUACUGUAUACACUGCGAUUAUACAGUGGACCAUUUUACAUGAAUUUGCAUAAAAAAAUAUGUGUGAAUAUUCAUAAUAUUAUAAUAAGACGACGGCUCUUUUUGUGAGAUGUCAUGGUUACGACUGAAACAGAAACAACAUUUAUGUUUAAUAACAAUUGGCUGAUUUGUUUUGACGGUUUGGAUCAGAAGAAGUGCAACACCAUUGUUUCUACUGUUAAAUGCCAUGUGUAUGGAGAGAAAGAUAGAAUUAGUUUAGAAUUUGACAUAUUUACAAGUUCUUUCUCUCGACUUUGUUGGAAAUUUAUGAAGGUUACAGCAGAAUAAUAAAUACCGGUAUUUGCAAUUUCAAUAGCAGCUUCUAUGAAUAGAAGGGCCUACUUUCAAUAGCAGCUUCUAUGAAGAGAAAGGCCUAUUUCUACAAGAAAAGACAAAAACAGUUCACGUUUUUACAAGUUUUUCAGCUGGAUUAUAUGAAUGUCAAGCAAGAAUUCCAUCUGUGAUUUCUAGUAAACUUUUCUCUGAGGAGGUUUUAGAAAUGACCUAUUUUCUACUGAAGAAAUUAACGCAGACUAAUUCCUCAGUUGAUUGGUGUCCAUUCAACAUGCAGAAGACCAAGAAGAAUUCAUAUUUUUUUCCUAUCUAUACUUUGGGAUGUCACCUGGGCGCUUUAUUCAUGAAAACUUAACAUGAAAAAUGUUACGGAUGCAGCCAUUUUAUUGGUUGAGGUUCAAAAUCCUAGUUUAAAUUUUGUGCUCUUAGCGAAUGAAAAGGCUGCAUUCUUAAAAUGUUUCAGCUUAAAUUUUCAUGAAUAAAUCCUCACAAUCUCUAUUAUGGUUCACUGUAACUUGACAGAUAUCAGUAGGUCUGCUGCAAUAAAAUAAUUUAUAGCGAGCAAGUAAUUAUUGUGUUGAAUGAGAGAUCUAGAGAUUAAAAUUGAAAUAUUUAAAGGAUGCAGCCGUUUCAUUGGUUGAGAUAGUACAAAUUAGUUUUUUGGCCAAUGAAAGGGCUGAAUUUUUAAGUAAGGUUAAGAUGAAGAUAUAGUAUUCUGUUAAAACAAACCGGCUAAAUGAAUUUCUAUUUAUAAAAAUAUGUGACAAAGUGAUAUUUUGGUUGACAUGGAUACAAGAAAGAUAACUCUUAUGAUACAUGACUAUGACUAUAAGUGCCAAUUCCUAUCCCAUUCCUCUAGAUACUACAGUAGUCAAGAUGCUCAUAUAUAAGUUGUAUUGUUAACUAGUUCACUGUUGUAUUUAUAAUGGUUGUUAUUGGCAACAGAUGCUUGUUGUUAUUGGUAACUGGUGUGUGCUGAUAGUUAUUUUAGUCACCGAUUUUGGUUGUCAUUGGCAACUGAUGCAUGAUCGAUGCAUGCCGAUAGUGA